AUGGAUAAAGCUACCAUAACAGAAAAAGAGUUUUAUGAGUUUUUAAAGUCGAGAAAAACAGCUGUUACUAAAGGAAAAACUAUACAAAAAACAGGGAGAGAAGUUUAUAUUGAACAGAAAAAAUUAAAUGAAAUUGAUGAAGAAAAAGACAAUAACUCUAAAAUAUUUUAUUUAUUUUCAUAA